CGGCCCACAACGGCCUGCGAUGGCCGAUGAGUCGUUGCAAUUGUGGUCGCCGACCUGGAUCGACUCUCCUCUGCCCUUCUCAUCCGCCUGGUCGCUUCUAGAUCCCCGACACAACGAGCCGCCCGCCCGCCGCCCGAGGCCUAGUAUAUCAUGCUGCUGAAACGCCGUCUUUCUUCUCCCUCUCAACAUUCUCCGCCCUUCAGAGACACUUGGUUCUGGCCUUCCACCCUCUACCGCCCUCCAUCAUGGCGUCUCAGAAGGUCUCCCACUUCAUAACCAGCUCUGUCCUCGGGAUAGACGUCAAUGAACGCUAUUCCAGACUUCCCCAGGAUCUCGACGAACGAGCCAAGAAGGCUCUCGCCCCCGCCGACAUCUAUCUCGAGGAUGAGCCGUCCGUCGCUGAGUGGUUCAAGGAGCUGGCCCCUAGCAAAGCCGGUGCCAUCCAAUAUGUGCAAGAAUUGUUCCCCUUUGCAACAUGGAUCAGCAGAUAUGGCCUCAACUGGCUGUUGGGUGAUGUGAUUGCCGGCAUCACUAUUGGUUUGGUCGUCGUCCCUCAGGCCAUGGCUUACGCUCUCCUCGCCCAACUUACACCAGCCCACGGUCUCUAUACAUCCUUCACUGGUGCCGUGUUGUACUGGGUCUUCGGCACGUCGAAAGACAUUGUUAUUGGCACAACCGCCGUCGGAUCCCUCCUUGUUGGACAAGUUAUCGGUCACGUCAACGACAAAUCGCCGGGAGAAUACACCAACGAAGAGAUUGCCCAUGCCCUUAGCUUGAUGUCGGGGGCUGUUCUACUCUUCUUUGGACUCUUCCGACUGGGGUGGAUCAUUGAAUUCAUCCCAUACAUCCCUAUCUCAGCCUUCGUUACUGCCGCAAGUAUCACCAUCAUGUCGACUCAAGUCCCUAGUGCGCUCGGUAUUACGGGCAUUGACACGCGAGACUCCCCUUACAAAGUCAUGAUCAACACACUCAAGUCGUUGUCCGACAUCAAGCUUGAUGCUGCGAUUGGUAUCACAUCUAUCGUCUCGCUGUUCGCGAUUAGGGACCUCUGUGCCUACAUGGAAAAGCGACACCCACGCAUGAAGCGCACUUGGUCCUAUGUCUCCUCCUUGAGAUUGACAUUUGUCAUGGUGCUCUUCACCCUCAUCAGCUUCCUUGUCAACAGGGGUCUUCCUUUCGAAGAGUCCAAGUUUAGGAUCGUCGGGAAGAUUGAGUCCGGUUUCCAACGCGCCAGCAUUCCGACGCCGAGCACUGGCUUGCUCGGUGCCGUCAUGCCCCAGUUGCCAGCCGUGGCAAUCAUUUUGGUUAUUGAACACAUCGCUAUUGCCAAGGCAAUGGGAAGGCAAUAUAAUUACACCAUCAACCCCUCGCAGGAGAUUGUCGCAUUGGGCGCCGCCAAUAUCUUCAGUCCCUUCAUGGGCGGCUAUGUCUGCACCGGCUCUUUUGGAGCUUCCGCCGUCCUUUCAAAGGCUGGCGUCAAGACUCCCAUGGCAGGUGUCUUCAGUGCACUGGUUCUCGUCCUUGCAUUGUACGUGUUGACCGCUGUCUUCUACUACAUUCCCAAGGCUGCACUUGCCGGUCUGAUCAUCCAUGCCGUCUGCAAUCUCAUCGCCCCACCAAAGAAGUUGUACACCUACUGGCAACUGUCGCCUCUGGAGAUGUGCAUUUGGGUAAUUGGCGUUGUCGUGGCCAUCUUUGACACGCUCGAGACGUCCAUCUAUGUUGGCACUGCUCUCUCCAUUGCGCUGCUUCUUUUCCGCCUCGCUCGCACAAAGGGUAACUUCCUCGGGCGGGUUAGAGCGCAUCGAAUUGUGAACGAAGAGGACGAGGUGAAUGAGUCACGUCGGAGCUCCAGCGACAACACUCUACAUGGCGAGACGGAAUCCCGUGAAGUUUUCUUGCCUCUGGAUCGCAAAGAUGCCUCAAACCCUGGCAUUGAUGUCGAGUCACCAUAUCCCGGCAUCUUUAUUUACCGCUUCAGUGAGGGAUAUAACUACACGAACCAAGCGUACCAUAUCGACACGUUGGUUCAAUACCUCAUGGACAAGACUCGUCGCAUGUCGGAGGAGCAUUAUGAGAAGGAGUCUGAUCGACCCUGGAAUGAUGCCGGCCCUCGGAAGCACGAUUGUCAUUCCGCCAACCUUCCCUAUCUUCGAGCGGUCGUACUCGACUGUUCUGCUGUGAACAACCUUGACAUCACCUGCAUCCAGGGCCUCGUUGACUUGCGAAACUCUCUCGACCGGUACUCCGCUCCGGACGCUGUGGAGUGGCAUUUCGCCAGUAUCAACAAUCGUUGGGCUCGCCGUUCCCUUGCCAGCGCCGGCUUCGGGUUUCCCACUUCUCAGAACACCGAGGCCCUUGCUAGCUGGAUCCCAGCGUACUCAAUAGCCACCACAUUGACGGAGUGGAACACGAACAUCAACCCAGACCAUUGUCAUGAGUCAGACAUUGAGUCGGGCACUGCAUGCGUCGAGGAUUCCGUCCCGGGACAAUCCUCCGAGGAAGAGGAGGAGAAGACGGUUAACACGCCGAGUGGACGCAACACUAAGGCCAAAGAAGUGUCAUCCUCGUCUUCAUCGAGCAAUCAUCAGCCAAUGGCCGCCAUUUAUGGCGUUGACCGGCCCUUUUUCCACAUGGAUUUAGUCGAUGCGGUGGCGGUAGCCAUGAAGGAUGCGGAGAACAAGGACAAGAAGCUCCAAAUGUAAGGAUGAUGGGCGAAUACCCCCUGAACGACUUUAUGACUUGCUUUUGGCGUUUUGGCGUAUGGGGUUCUUUGUAAAGAAGACAGAUUGUCCUUGUUAGAAAUGUAUUAGAAGACAACAGCUUAGGUACAAUAUCCACUCAAGACUAGCUAUUAUAAUCGAAGCAACGUCAAAGUGUGCGCUUUAAA